AUCAUUGUCUAUGGUUUGAACAAUUCUGACUGCAGAGAGGGGACGCGGAGACGCGCGUCGUACCGUCGAUAGCUUUAUUAGCAUAGCCGAGCAUACGCCACGAUACACAUGCUGGGGCAACGAACAGUGAAGACACUACAGACAGACCGGUCAAUACCGACAACUUAAAGGAUACAAUAAUGCCGAGCCGUCCACCUCGCGACUAGGCUGGACGGCAUCUCUGAGAGACGCUGAGGGAAACGGCAGGGUAUCCUCCCAUUUCCACGUUUACAUUUGAGCCUGUCCUCACUCUCUGUUUCUUUGGACAUGUCCUCGCUAAAUAUAGACUACGACGAAGACCAGAGAUGGGUUCCUACACACGUCCAGGUCACCGUUCUGCGGGGCAGGGGCUUGCGGGCGAAGGGCAAACACGGUACCAGCGACGUCUACACCAUUAUCCAGGUGGGCAAGGAGAAAUACUCCACUUGUGUUCUGGAAAAGACCACUGUUCCCGAAUGGAAGGAGGAAUGUUCUUUCGAGUUGUUACCGGGUGUUCUGGAGCAGGUUGGGGACGGGGGCGCAUACCCCCCCGGGAGCAGCGACUUGGUCCUGACGGUGAUGCACCGGGCGCUCAUGGGACUGGACGUGUUUCUGGGCCAAGCCGUGAUCCCUCUGGAUAAGGUGUUUCAGGACAGAAUAUGCAUGAAAAACGAGUGGUACAAGCUGAACUCCAAGACUGGGAAGAAGGAGAAGGAGCGAGGGGACAUUCAGGUGACGGUGCAGUUCACCAAGAACAACCUGACAGCCAGCAUGUACGACCUCUCCCUGGGUAAGGACAAGCCCCGGUCCACCUUCGGCAAGAUCAAGGACCGCAUCAAGGGCAAGAAGAGGAGCAGCAAGGACUCUGAUGAAGACUCCGCCUCCACUAUUGGGGGCGGCUACGGCCCCGUUUCCCGCAUGAGGAACCGGUUGCCGAGCGAUGGCGGCGGGGAGGAAGACUACGAGGACGAUGAAGGGGGGGAGGGGCGGAGGAGUAAGAUGAGGAACUUCUUCCUGCGAGGGAAACUGAGGAAGUCGUCCGAUACGAGGUCGAGCACGUCGCUAGGGUCGGAGAGUAGUGAGUCGUCGUCGAGGGGAGGGAGUCUCAGUCCCACCGCUGGGAUCUCUGUAGUGGUGUCUGACCUGUCUAACUCGCCUAGCAACAGCAGCAACUUCACAGCAGACAGCCCUGAUCAUACGGCAGAGUCGUCUCCCAAGCUGGCCUCCUAUACAUGUGAGUUCACUGACGAGUCUGGAGAGAUCAACAUCCCUGUGCCUCAGCCUGUCUGCAUCAAUGGAAGCCAUGUGUACAACACCACCUUGGACCCUUGCCCGGGGAACCCUGUAGUACCCUUAGAUCCUCUAGCCCUGGUGAAGAAGAACCUGCCUCUGUCCCAAUCCCUCCAGAACCUCAACCAGCGGAGAGAGGAGCUCCCUGUCCUCCUCCCUAAAGGUCCCGCUGCGGAUGGCCGGCGCUGGUCCUUUGACAAGGCAGGGAAGGAGGAGAAGGUGGCCAUCGCAGCGGCCCUGGAGCAGGCUGGCCAAGGGAUGGGCGAGGGGGCCAGGGAGGAGUCAGACAGAGACAGCCGGAGCAGGAACUGUCUGGAUGAGUCUGAACAGGCCUCGAACUCUGACUCUGGUCCAGGCGAGAAACACAAAGGAUGGUUUGGAUCAAAGGACAACCAUAACAAACCCAGUCCUCACCCAGUGAAGCCCCUGACCCCAGAGGAGAAGAGGCGGGCGGAACUUUCUGAGGGGCGGUCGGUGCUGGACAAACUCAAGUCCUCUAUCCACCCGGGGAGGAGCAGCCAGCCCACCGAGCAGCAGCCUGAGAAGAAAAAGUCUCUGACGGAGGGAGCUGGGCCAUACUACCAUCUGACCCACAGUGAGCUGGUCGCCCUCCUCCUCCAACGGGAGGCAGACCUACACCGGCAGAGGGUGGAGUUUGACCACCAGAGGGCGUUGCUAGCGAAGCGGGAGGCAGAAUUGAAGAAGAUGAAGCCUCAGGUUAGGGAUCUGGAGGACUACAUAGACACGCUGCUGGUUCGCAUUAUGGAGCAGACUCCCACCAUCCUGCAGGUCGGCACCAAGCUCAAGUGACCGAGAGAGGGACUGAUGGAAUGGGGGUAACUAGCACCUAGGGUUGUGACAUUCCCAGGUUUUCUAGAAAUCCUGGUUGGAAGAUUCCCGGAAUCCGGAGGGAAUAAGCAGGGGAUCCAGGAAUACUCUAACUGGGAUUUCUGGGAAAACCUGAGAAUUUUGUUUGCUGCAAUUUUGCAACCCUGCUUGCACCUCGUUACUCUGACCCCCCCAUAACAACCUCUACUCUGACCCCCUAUAACAACCUCUACUCUGACCGCCCCCAUAACAACACAACAACAAUAGCUGUCUUCUUUAUUAGUCUGUUCACUGCUGUGCUUCUGACAUAAUACUGUAGCUAGAAAACACAGCACUGACAAAAUGGAUGGUUUGGAAUUGACUUCACUUGUAUUGGAAGGCGCCCUCCCUGGUUUUGAAGGGGUUUGGGUUGCGGUGGGUUUGGGUUGCGGUGGUGGGUUGUGGUUCGUAAGGUUAUGGUUUGGUAGAGGUCGUGGGGUUAAACAAGAGGGUCCUCAGGUUGUUUCAGGUAUACCCAGUUGGUAUUGAGCUAAGAGAUCAAACCCAGAUCACUCCGAUACUGAAUGACUUCCUCUUCAUCACCUAGGCUACAUCCAAAAUGGCACCCUAGAUCCUGUGUAGUGCACUACUUUUGAUCAGGGCCCAAAGGGAAACCCAUAUAGGGCUCUGGUCAAUAGUAGUGCACUAUAUAGGGAAUAGGGUGCCAUUUGGAAUGCAGGCCCAGUCACUUCACAACCUAGACAUUUUGCCCUGCAGACAAGUGCACCUACCACAGUUGUCAAGCUACAAACCAAAUGAGAGAUAGGAACUAUCACUCAUGUGUUAUGGGCUGUGUCCCUAAAGUAGUGCACUAUGUAGGGAAUAGGUUGCCAUUUAGGAUGUAAAAAUGAUGUGCAAAUGAAUGGAAUGGGAAGUGGUUUUAGGUUCAAAAGUGUUCUUACAAAAACAAACAGAUGAAUAGUUUGAUCUUUGAUGCGAAGUUCAGCUUGAUUUGCUUUUUCUUUCAUUUCUUACAAUAUGCUGCUUUUAACGUGGUGUAUUGCAGACAGACAGGCAGACAGACAGACAGGCAG